UUAAAAAAGGGUUAGGUCAAGUGAAAUUGUCGAGAAAUGUUUGUUUUCCCUAUUUCCCUUGGAAACUAGACUCUUUUGGUCGUUGUCUAGCGUCUACUUUACGCAAUAGUUAUUUCCUUUAUAAACAUUAGUCAACAUAGCAGCCAAUUCCCCUCAUCUUCUUUGAAUCUUCCUGGACGGAGCCUCAUGCUUGAUGCUCAAACUUGAUGGUGUUUUUAGUUUCUGAUAAAUAGAAGCAAAGGGAACUGUCUCAAACACCAGCUUGAGAUAUCUUCCUCUUCCACCUUCUCCUUAUGUCGUCGUUACCAUCAUCAUCAUCAUCUUCUUCUUCUCGACAGAAAUAUGAUGUUUUCUUGAGUUUUAGAGGUGAAGAUACCCGCAAAAACUUCACUGAUCAUCUAUAUGCUGCUUUAAAAAAGAAUGGAAUCGAGACUUUCAAGGAUGAUCCAAGGCUUGAGGCCGGAGAAGAAAUCGCACCAGAACUCUUGAAAGCAAUUCGAGAAUCAUGGAGUUCACUAAUCGUUUUCUCAAAAACGUAUGCUUUUUCAAGUUGGUGCUUGGACGAGCUUGCUGAGAUUGUUGAACAGAGAGAAAAGAGGGGGCAUAAAAUUUUCCCAAUUUUUUAUGAUGUGGAUCCAUCUGAUUUGAGAAAACAAACAGGAAGAGUUGCUGAAGCCUUUUCCAAACAUGAAGAGAGAUACAAGGGAACUAAAGACAAGAUCCAAAGAUGGCGAACUGCUUUAACUGAAGUGGCUAAUAUCAAAGGAUGGCAUUUAAAUAACAGACAUGAAUCAGAAUUUAUUGGAGAUAUUGUUAAAAAGAUAUCAGCAAAAUUAUGUCAAACAUAUCCGAUUGGCCAUGAUGAGUUUAUUGGAAUUAAUUCACGGUUGGAAAAGUUGCAUUUGAAAAUAGACAUUGGUGAAGAUGAUGUCCGCAUUAUUGGAAUUUGUGGUAUGGGCGGCAUUGGUAAAACUACUUUUGCAAAAGUUGUUUAUUCUCAAAUGUCACCUCAUUUUGAAGGUAAAAGCUUUCUUGCUGAUGUUCGAGAAGUUUCAGAGAAAUGUGGACUUGUUUCUUUGCAGAAACAACUUCUUUCUCAGAUAUUGCCAGAAGAAGGUUUUAAUCUAUUCAAUGUUCAUGAAGGGAAUGCCAUGAUUAGUCGCAGGCUAUCUCACAAGAAGGUUCUUGUUGUUAUUGAUGAUGUUGAUAACUUUCAACACUUAAAAUGCUUGGUUGGGAGGCGAGAUUGGUUUGGUUUAGGGAGCAGAAUCAUUGUAACAACAAGAGAUGAACAUUUGCUCCAAUCCUAUGGAAUGGAUGAUGUGUAUAAGCCUCCAACAUUGGAUGAUGAUGAAGCACUUCAUCUUCUCAAUUUGAAAGCUUUCAAGAGUGAUACAGUGCCAGAGAAUGAUUUCAUUGAGCUUUCUAAACAAGUUGUAGCAUACGCUGGUGGUCUUCCCCUAGCUCUUGAAGUUAUCGGUUGUUUUUUGUGCGGUAGAGAUGCAGCUCAAUGGAGAAGUGCAAUUGAAAGACUUCAAAGAGAUUUUGACAAGGAAAUUCAUGACAGACUUCUAAUAAGCUUUGAUGGAUUAGAAGAAACAGAGAAGAACAUUUUUCUAGAUAUUGCAUGCUUCUUUAAAGGGGGUGAGAAAGAUUUUGUAACUAACAUACUAGAUGGUUGUGGUUUCUUCGCAGAAAUUGGAAUAAAUCGUCUCAUUGAGAAGUCUCUCAUAAAAGUUUGGGGCAAAUUUUUGUGGAUGCAUGAUUUGCUACAAGAGAUGGGAAGAAAAAUUGUUCGACAAAAAUCACUUGAUGAACCUGGAAAACGUUGUAGAUUGUGGGAGGAAAAUGAUGUUUAUCAUGUUUUAACAAAAAAUACGGCUACCGACGCAAUUGAGGGCAUGAUCAUCGACAAUAAAGGGGAACAGAACAACAUGUUCACUUUGAAUGCUGAUGCCUUCUUGAAUAUGAAAAAAUUAAGAUUGCUCAAAGUCUUUUAUCUCCCAGUUACUCGAGAUCUCAAAUAUCUUUCAAAUGAGUUACGGCUUUUAGAUUGGAGUGGAUAUCCUUUCAGAUCAUUGCCAUCAAGCUUCCAACCAGACAACCUUGUUGCACUUCUCCUACCUUAUAGCCACAUUGAACAACUAUGGAAGGGAGACAGAACUUUACCUAAAUUGAAAUUAGUCAACCUCCAAGGCUCCAAAAACCUGAUCAAAACGCUAGACUUCACAAGGGCUCGAUAUCUCGAAAGUUUGAUUUUGGAAGGUUGUUCCAGAAUAGUAGAACUUCCCUCUUCAAUUGGACAUCUCAGCAAUCUUGUUUUGUUAAAUCUGAAAGAUUGCAGUAACCUCGUGAAUCUCCCAAGCAGCAUAAAUGGGUUGAAAUGUCUUAAAACUCUUAAUCUCUCUGGCUGUUCUAAAGUUGAAACUUUACCAGAGAAUUUGCAGCAUGUAGAAUUUUUGGAGGAGCUUGAUUUAAGUAAAACUGCCAUAAGAAAACCUCCAUCCUUCAUUUUUCAAUUUAAAAGUCUGAAAGUUCUUUCUUUCAAUGGAUGCAAGGGACCGCCAUCAAAAGGACGACUGAAUUUGCCUUCUCUUUUCAAUGUAUUGCAAAGAAGAAGCUCGGAUUCCAUGGCUCUGAUGUUGCCUUCUUUGUCAGGUUUGAGUUCUAUAAAAUACCUGAAUCUAAGUGACUGCAAUCUUGGGGAAGGAGCUAUUCCUAGUGAUAUUGGGUGCUUAUCCUCUUUGGAGUCACUUGAUCUUAGUGGUAACCAUUUCGUCUACCUACCUGCAACUCUUAAUCGACUUUCCAAGCUUGAUCGUCUUAAAUUGUCAGAUUGCCGGGAGCUUAAAUCUUUGCCUGAGCUUCUUCUAACAGAUAAAUAUCCAACAGGAGAACCGAAUUUAACAAUUUGGGGAUAUAUUGCUGGUUUUAACUGCUACAAAUUGGCUAAGAAAAACAAUACUUUAACAAUGCUAAAAAAUCACCUUAAGGUAUCUAAUAAAGCAGGACGAUUAUUCGAUAUUUUUAUACCUGGAAGUGAAAUCCCAGAAUGGUUCUGCCAUCGGAGGGAUGAAUCUUCAAUAAAGAUACCAGUGCCUCUUAAUAUUGGACAUGAUAAUCAGUUGAUGGGAGUUGCUUUCUGCUGCGUUUUUGUCUUUGCCUCCACCGAUGAUUAUGAUCGUUGGAAGAGAAUCUCCUGUAAAGCUGUUAACCAUGGUAGAAAUAUUCGAGAUUUGGAUGAUAUUUUCUAUAGUUUUGAUAGAGAAGACAGGUUGCCUUUGGACAUGGAGCACCUUUGGCUACGUUAUUAUUCUCGUGACAUGAUAUUUCCGUUCUUGAGUUCGUCUAGCACAGAUUGGGCAAAUCAAGAAUGCAAUGAAAUUGAGUUCUCAACCAGAGCCACUCCAGGGCAAGUGAAGAAGUGUGGUGUUCAAAUAAUGUAUGAGAAAGAUUUGGAAGUGAUGGAAGAACUACAAGAGCAACACAACAGUCCAACAAAUUCUGCAGAUCUUAACGAUAUCCAUUAAAACGUUGGUGGUGAUGAAGGGUCAGCAGGGAACGGUGGUGUCCUUGUAAAACGAAAACGUAAAAUCUACGAGGAGGAAGGAGGACCAAUUGAUGAGAGUGACAGCCUUGAAGAAAGACCACACCCAAAACGUCUGGAAAAAAUUUUAAACUUUAUGGUGGGGAAGAAACUUUCUGGUAAACUUCUAAAUACUAAUCAUUGGACUUGAAUGAAUCCUUUCAUUUAUUUACAUGCUAAUCAAUAAAAUAAGAGGAUUUCACUAUUUUUUAUAAUUUCUUAUAAAUCUAAUUUGCAUUAUUUCUAUUUGUUUUUUUUUUUAGAUUGAAAGAUAAUAAUCAUCAACUGAAAUAAAAUAAUAGGGACAAACUCCAUAAAAAGGCAAGGAAGAUGAGAAAGUGAAAUCCUUUGAUGUCGCUUGGAGCAUAAUCAUCUUAUCUUUGCUUUAAAGAGUGUUUUACUUUGAUUUAGGGAAAGAAGAUUGCAUCCUGUUUUUUGAUUUGGUAUCUUGAAAAAUGAGAUCAUAUGUAAUUUUUUUUCCCAAGGAUUAUAUAGAAAUUUCAUUUCCCAAAAAUAAAAUAGUCAAGGGAAUUAUAAAUUGUGCUGCCUACUAAUAAAGAAAACAUGAUAUAAAGUAUAACAAAGGUAUAAAUUAAUAAACACAAUAACAAAUAUUAAAAUAUUGUUUAAAUAUAAGCGAACUAGGUCUAGGAUUUCUAUUCAAGCUUAAACAAUUUAUUCUUUAAAUUUUUUUUACAAAGGAUGUUGUAGCUUAGAGAUAAAAGGAGUUAUAAAUGUCGAAAUUUAAAAUCUAAAUUUGCCAGAUAUCAUCUUUUAAAAGUAAUUAGUUAAUUGAAUAAAUUAAGUUAAACUUUAAGUUCUUAUUCCUAUCCUCCUGGUAAGCAGCUUACCAGGAUGAACCAAGUUUCACAAUCGGCUAUUAAAGUCUAGUAAAUCUUAUUGAAACUUCUUAUUGAUGGCAAUUAUUUCACCCAUUGAGCAACGUAGAAGUUGGAUUAAGAUUAGAUAGUGACAGAAUUCAUGAACUGUUCAUUUGCCAAGGCCUGCAAUGUUUCAGGUAAAAGCAAGUGUCAAUGUCCAUAAUUCCUCCUUUAGCUCCACUAUACUUUGUUACCUUCCCAUCAUGCCUGUUCCCACCCCCACUUAGAAUUGCAAUUGGCCUUCCCCAUCCAAAGUCAAUGCUAUAAUAAUCAAACCAAGUUGAACCACCCAAGACCAGAAGAUUGUUUAUACUCCUUGCUAGGCUUCCUGUCACUAGAACAGGAAUUUCCUUUCAUAAUUUUGAGAAAUUCGUCAUCUUUUCCUCAGACUGUGAAGCAAUAAACUUGUUCAUUUGCCAUGCUACAUUGCCUAGCCCAUGUUCUUGUAGCUCCAUGAUUUUCAUGGUUAUAAGUCCACCUCGCAUCAUAUUUCGAGUAUAUUGUUCAGGCAGCUGGUGCAAUCUUGAUUUUGCACCAACUGCUAGGAAGAAAUUAGUCUCUUCUUCCGGAUCAAGAUUUCUGAUGCGCACAACAGCUUGCCAGAUAUGAGACAAGAGUGCUUGAAGAGAGGAGAUUUUGUCUGUUCCAUGUUCAGCGUUGGCCUUUGCAUUGAGAUGUGCUAUGUUUUCCCUAGUGAAAUGAAAAAGCCUGACUUGCAAUGGUGGAGGAAUGAAUUCAUGGAUUUGUGUGAGACAAGAGUUCGGAAUACCAACAGGGCCCUCAAUACCAUGUGGAAACCAACGUCAAAGAGAUGGGGGCCUGGACAAUUCUAUGGAACCUUGGAAAAUUUCUGCCCAGGAAUUGAUAAAAUGCACAAAUGAUGUGCCAUCAGCCACAACAUGAUUGUAAGUGCAGCUAAUGAAGAGCCCUCUGAAAGCUCAGUCACUUGUACUGCAAGUAAGGGAUUGUAAGUAGCCUCAUAAUUUUUUACUUCAUUUAACUGAAAAAAUGAGCGAAUAAAGGAAGGAACAACCAUAGGGCCAAUGAUAUCAGAAAUAUCUCAUUAGUUGCAGCAUGAACAAGCAAGACACCAGCAUUGUUGCAGUCAAUGAAAAACGAAGAGGUUUCAUUGUAAACUUCAAUGGAUGCGAGGCAGCCAACGAGGGGGAAGAAGUAGUUUAAUUAGAGUUCGUGAAGGGGUGUUUUUCAAUUGGUGGACUAAGGUUUCACCUAACUUUUGAUCUUGCUGGAGUUGUGGCCUGUAGUAGAGAAGUCCCUUCGGGGCAUAGUCCAUGGCAAGGAACAUGAGAUCCCACGAAGCUAACUCGAUUCUUUCAAAUUCUGUCUUGGGGUUGGCAGCUUGAACAAUGCUAGUGGAUAUGAAUCGAAUAUCUCCCAUGUCUCUCUAUAUUUUGUUAAGUUUUCCGGUUCUUAGAAAUUGAAGCUUCUAUUUAUAACCAACAAUCGCAUAAUUUAUUAGUAAAGUAAUAAACUCUUAAUUUAAAUAAUCAUAGAUAAAAUCCUAAACCUCAAAUAUAUAUAUAAAAAAAGGAGCUUCCUAUUUAUAAUCAAGUUCAACCACAACAACCAUUAAAAAUGUGCAUUUAAUUGAAGAUAAGUUGUACACAGGUAGCAUUUGGAUAUUUGAUUUGAUGGUAAAAUGCAUGUAUUUCCAAAUAAAGUUAUGGUCAAUUUCCUUUGCGUCAAUAAAAAAAUUUUCUAUCCAAGAACAUGGAUGGCCUAAUUUUCCUAAAGCAGCCAAUUAUAAACUUUCAAUACUCAAGGCUAUGAAGAUAAGAUGAAGGGAGCCAUUAAUACGGGUACUUUAAAAAAAGCUCAGUUCAAUCUCAAUUUUUUUUUUAAAUAAU